AUGCGCAGUAUUGACUCGUGACGUCACACAUUCCAGAGACGCCAGCGAGUGGCGUUGGACGUGGCUAUUUUACACCACUUAUUAACUUACUUGAUAGUACCUCAAGUACUCUAAAGGUGUUCUGUGAGUAAGGAUGGUUGUGGCAACAGUGGGAGAGGCAAGGGUUCCUGCCCAGCUGCCUCGCAUUCUCAAAGAUUACACGAAGGCUGCCAUUCGUACCCAGCCCAAAGAUCUCCUCAUCUGGUCAGCUGCUUACUUCAGGAGUAUGAGUAAUGGAACAUCUCCACCUGUAAAGGACCGACUGGAGUUCCCCAUUCCAGAAUCUGAGAGUGGUAUAUCUCCUGGAGUCCUGCGAGUGUUAAACCAUCAGCUGAGUAGUGAGGAUAGUGUUACAUGGGAGAACCUACAAGAAGUGUGUGAGGCCAUGGGUGUGGCUGAAGAAACAGCACAGGAUGCCUGGCAGAGAGCAGGUGGAGGUGACGGAGGGACUGUUGAGUGGGACCACAUUCUCUCUCACAUUGCUGCACUUUCCACCCAUUCACUGGUGGAGGCCUUACAACUGGUGAUGAUAACUGUAACCGACGACCCAGUGAGCCAGAAGGUUUUGUGCAAUACCCUCGUGGAUCAUUAUCAUCGCCUUCACACACAUACUAACAUCACACCGACAGACCAGUACACUGAGGCUGUCAACUACCUGAAUGAUAUUGCUAAUUACAAUGAUGGGUAUCUGGUUCCCAGUGACCUUACACGAGCAUCAUGUCCUCCUCUUCAGUAAUUGUUGGAGUCUCGUUGCAUGUUACUUUUUUUCUCUCAUGGCAUGACAGGAGCUGCAGGUUUGUACCCAUCUAUUCAAACAUCCAAAUAAGAUUGUUGACAAUAAUUCAAAAGAUAAUAAAACAAGUUAGCUACAUAUCUGUUGACAUUGUUUUAACUGGUGUAAUUACUGAGGUCUGUGGAUUACCCGGUAUAGUUUUGUAAUUAAUGGAAAAAUUACAUAAAAAUAAACAAGAGGUUCUCAAAUGACCAGUGGAUCCUUUCCAUAUUCACCUCAAGACUGAGCUGUCAUUAUGCAUUGAACGAAGUCUAAUAAAAUUGUAUUGUUGCAAGACAUAAUCAAGUAAAUAAAAUACAAUAUGGUUCUGUAAUAAUCUUUCUUGGUCAGAUUAAACUAAUCACAAAAUUCAAUCCUGUAAUGAGUGAAGAAUCACAGAUAGAUUUGUCUCAAUUUUUUCUUGUUGGUGAACUAGUGUAAUUCAUAUAACCUUCUUGUGUGAUUAAGACCUUUGUUGUUGAAGUGCAGUAAAAACAUGUAACAAUGCAAACACCUUGGAAAGGGUAAUUGCCCUAAUUUCAGAAAAAAUUCUCAACAUAAUAAGAGACAAAGUCAAGUGCUUGAUACUUUUCAGCUAUCUUGACUGUACAUCUGACUUGAGUCACAUAGAGUGACUGUUGGUAAUGUUGAGGAUCAUCAACUGUCAGUUGGUGCAUCUUUAAAUGAGUACUUUGUUGGCUUUUUGGCUGUUAAAAGUACCACAGAAAGUAGCUACUGUAACAUGCAUGGACACAAACAAGGAAUACAGUCAAGAGAAUUGGAAAUCAAUGAGAAUAUUUUGUACAAGCUUUGUGGUAGUCACAGAUCAACAUAAGUGUUUGCUGAUGCUGCAAGAUCAUCUGUACUCUCGGUAAGGUUCGUUGGCAUGUUGCAGUGAACAUACAUUCUUUUUAGCUUCUUGGCAGCUCUGGCCUAUUGUGAAGAAAUAAAUUACUAAUCUAACAGUCAAAGAGAUUGCCACGACUAAUGAGAAUGUAUUAAAAGUACCAAAGUGCUCCACUAUCAAAUGAGUGACAUGCAAAAUCUUCAUUGAACAACACUGCUGCCACCUUGUGGAAUAUUAGUUAUUAGAAGUUUUAUUUCUCAUAAUUUUUUAAUUGUUGAUGGAGAAGUGUAAUUAUUAACUUUUUUACACACUUAUAGACCAUAGUUAUUGAAGCACAGUAUUAUUGUAACAACUAGUUAUUAACCCCUUGAGUCAGAGGGACUUACUUUACCUUGUACACCCUCUUACACCAAGCAUCAAAUCAGAAGGACAUACAGGUACUAUCUGGUACACCCACGACAGCAGGGGUUAGCUGGGAGGGUGAUAUUGCUCUCCUAUGGCACUAGGCUUAUUACAAUAUUAUGACACUCUCAUAUCCCACUGGACUUAGUCAAGACUUUUUUUUGCUCUCUUGUGUUAGGGUGAGUAUUGAGCAUACUGUAUUUAUCUUUUUUAUCUUUCUCUGAGUAGCCAGUCUAGUCUGAUUGCUUUUUUGAUAAAGAGACUGACCACCACAUGGUGGACCAUGGGCUGCCAUCUGAGUGAUGGGAGCAUGCAUUCACACACCCCUCUUCCUAACCCACCUACUCUGAUAAGUGUGUUUGGCUACCAUAUCAGCCUGGGCAAAGAGGUCAAGCGGUAUCAAGUGGGCAAUUUCGCACUUCACAGGAUGCUUUACUAAUCCACCAAGUGGUUAUCCCACUAUUGGCAAAUUCACCCAAUUGUAAUUUUUUUUUAUGACUGUACAAAGGAGAAGCUCAAUCUUCCCCCAUAAGGAAAUGGACCCCAUCACCAUUCACUUGAGGGGUAAACACUAUACUACCUGAGCAUUUGUCAUUUAUUAUACCUGUAGUGCAGUAUAGUUCUUACAAAUUUCAUAACUUUAUUUUUCAUCAGCCAUCCAACAAUGACCACAUAGUUCAGAAUGCGGUAAGGCUGAUUAGAAGUUUAUUUGAAAUGGUGUUAAUAAAACAUAUUAUGGAA